AUGCCAAAAAGGCUUAUUUUAGGGUUUGUGGAGAAUGCGGCUUUUAAUGGAGAUAAAACUAAAAAUCCCUUUAAUUUUCAAAAUUUUGGGAUUAAAAAAUUAGAUGUUAGUAUCAAUGGAGAGACCAUGAUGACUCGUUGUUUCGAACCUAAUUUUAAUGAAGAUUUAUAUCUGAGAUCUUAUCUGAGUAUGUAUCAAGCUUUGGGAAAAUUAGGAGAAGAUUGGGCUCCGGACAUUACCUUAGAAGAGUAUAAAAACGGAUACACUUUAUGGGGCUGGGAUUUCACGAAAGAUCAAGAAGCCCAAUCGGAUAAAUUCCAUCUCAUAGAAACAGGAAAUUUAAGAGUAGAAGUCCAAUUUACUAACAAUACGGCUACCACUUUAAAUUGUGUGGUGUAUGCAGAAUUUGAUAACCUCUUAGAAAUCAACAAACAGAGAGAAGUGAGCAUUGAUUACUAA